AUAAUUUUAAUCUGUCACAUUUUUGUUUACAACAAAAACCUUUAAAAAUUUUAACCAAUUUCAAUUUUAAUUAAACAAAAAUUUCCACAAUGGAUUGGGCAAUUGGAAAUGAAUGGAAAGAUUCUAAAAGAGGACUAUACAAAAAAAUCCUUGCAAUAAAAUUUGUGAAAUUACAUAAACCCACAACUUUAUCUAUUUGCCGGGUAAAAAUAUCAAACAUUUCUAGUCUCGAAGAUCGACAAAGUUCCUAUUUGCGACAAAUUGAUGAAUUCGAUUUGGAAAUGGGAUCUGCAGUAACUCCCGUUGAUUGCUACAUUGAAAUCCUCGUACAAAACAUGUUGCUUGGAGAGGCCAGUCAAUGUCAGAUUAAAUCCAAAUCUGGCGAACCAAUUAACUUUGAAAUCUCUCUCAUUGCUAUUUCACCCACGAAAUAUCUAUUUCAACUCAAUGUCAAGGAAAUAUAUGAUUUGGCACAAAAAUACCGUGCCAAUGGAGUUGAAAUGUUUAAGACUUAUCCAAAAUUUGCACAUGAAUACUUUUGUCGAGCUGCAAAAUGCUUGAUAUCAUUCAAGCCAUUUGAUGUGUUGGCAAAGGAAUCAAAUGAAUUGGAUGGAACUGAUAUGAAAGUCUUGUUGCAAACCUUACAAACGAAUAUAGCUGCGUGCUUGUUACAAGAGCAACGCUUUGAAGAUGUUUUGUGUUUGACGGAAUUUGUAAAUUCCAUGUCUCCAGAUGAGAUUAAAGAUGUUGAAAAGGCUCUUUAUCGGCGAGCUCUAGCUUAUUCUAAUGUUAAAGCGUAUGAUAAAGUUCUGGCAACAUUAGACAAAGUCGAUAAUAUUCGGGAUAAAAAGGAAUUUAUGGCAUUGUAUAAUCGCACUAAGGAAAAUUGGAAACGAGAUGAAGAUCACUACAAGAGUAUAGUCCAGCGAAUGUUUAAUAAGAGAUAAUUUUUUUUUUUAUAAUUAUUUAAAUGUAAAUAAAUAUUAAUUCACAACAAAAUCUUUAUGAAAAAUAA